AUGGACAGAAGAUCAGAACCUCACGAAACGCUUUUCUCUUUCGAGUUGCUGGUGGAUUAUGUACUGUUCGACCACAUAAGGAGCAGUAAUCAUGCGGAGCCUGCCGUUGGCGUAAGGCUUUUGGAUUUCCCUACGCUUUUAAUUUAUCGCAAAGGGACAGAGAAUGCCUUGUCAAAAUCAGACUUUGAUCAGAAAACUCGAACACCUGAUGAUUUGCUUCAAAGCAACGGUGGCGGUGUGGAGUACUCUUUUCAUAAAGGAAAAUCGUGCUUAUUUAAAAUUAAUUUAGAUUCACUCCAUAUUCACUUGUCAAACACCCCUCUGUAUGUAAUGGUUUUGGAUGUGAGAGAUGAGAUUCCGAAGCUGAUGGGAAGUUCUUUAAUCUCUCUUGCUAAAUUAACUGAAAGAAUCAAAUUGGACGUAUAUAAACAUGGUAUUUGCACUCCAGCUGCCUAUGGAGAAAGAGGUGUUAUCCCCCUGUGCAAUCUUAUGGGGGAGAGAAUUGGUACUAUUUCAAUGGGUUAUAAAAUUGUAAGUUUGGGUGCAAGUUUGUUACCCCAUAUCUCUGAAAACAGGAUUUAUCAAAUAGAUUCCUCAAAUAUUGAGAAAAAGCCUCCCAUUACAUCAGCUGCUGAUGAAGCGGAGAAGUUGAACUCUGCAAAAAAAGAUAUCAUCUGUAUUCAGCCUGAAAACACUGCCACUGUCAGUCAAGAGAGGCAGCUAAUCAAAGCAGCAGUGUCUGAGGCAAAGCCAGACAGAUUUGUGUCAGCCUAUACACAAACUGAACAUUCCAGAAAGAUUGUUAAAAAAUCUGAAUUCGUCAGAACUGAUCCUGACGAUGAGCAGGACAGCACAUUCUGUCCACCACCCCUGUUCUACUGUUCCACUGAAAAAGCCAAAGUGGAGAAAGACACAGUAAUGCACAAAUUAUCCAGUCCAGGAAUAGAAGCUCUGAAAAUAGAGGAUCUAGAUGUGGCAGAGGAUCUAGACUCAGAGGAAGAAUCAUCUGCAGUUGAAAACAAUGAUCCUUCAAAGAGUGAGAAGGUAGAGGUAAAGUCAAAAUGUACUCCAAGGACACAGGAACAACCAACAACACCAUCUAUUCUUGGAGAUGCUGUAAGACAGCUACCUCUACUGAAUGCUCUUCUUGUUGAACUCUCACAGCUUAAUGGACAGACACAGCAACAACCAUUAUCAGUGCAUCCACAGCUGGCCUGGAUAUACACAUCUUCAUCUCAACCAUCUCCUGUCUCACCUGCAAGAGGAGAAUCCAGACCUGAGACUGUCAAACAUCCUGCAACAUCACCACCAAGAAUGAGUCAGUCAUUAAGUCCAAGAUAUAGACAGGCCGGGCUUCGAAUUAAGUCUGCCAUUCCAUCUAUGUCCCCCUCAGAGGGUUCAAAGAAACGUCCACACUGCAGUAAGUCAGGCGCUAAGGGGAAGCUACGAUAUGGCUUAACAAACACCUUUCGCCUGAGACUGAGACAGAUAAAGCCAGGUGUGUCAAGGAGACAUGAGUGCAUGGCAAAUCAAAAUGACUACAGUGUGACACCAGCAGAGCCAGAGAAACAAAGAUUAGUCAGACCUAAACAGUCUCAAAAGUCAAACAGUCGACUUUCCAAUGUCGACAAAAAAAUCAAAGCACUCAUAAACAGUCCACAAAGAGAUGCCUCACCACUGGAACGCACAUUGAAAUCCCAGAAUAAACCACACUCUACCGAUGUACAUAUAAGUGGUCACAAUAAAAAGAAAAAACACCAUCCUCAGAAUCAGGCAGCCUCUCUAAAAAGCUCAUCAGGGAAAAACUGGCACGAUGAGUUGGACAAAGAAACACAAGCCCAUGUUCCAAGUGCAGUGAGCCAGUACUCAGACCUCAGUGAUGCUGAAGAAAACAGUGGUCAAACAAGCCGCGCUCAACCAAACUUAACCAUCCCUCAUGUCCUUAGCUCCAGCGAUGAUGAGGUUGGGACUCACAGGAGACGCAGACUCAGCAGUCUUAUACAAAAACCAGACAGUGACGAUGCAGAGCCAGAGGAGUACCAAGAUGAUUUCACCAGUCUAGAUCCCACAGACAGCUGCUCUCCUGACCUUCUCAGCAGCCCAGAGCCAGGUACAUUCAGGAAGAACCCAAUGUCAAUUGACCAUUCCAGCUCAGACAGUGAUUCCUUUAGGAGUGAUGCUCUACCUGUUCCAGUCAAAGCAGCAGCUUCUCCCCAGCGUACUCUCAAAGGUACACACACCAUCCAGUCUCGUCCUCAGGCAUCUGUUCACAUCGUGUCCUCAGGCAACAGUGAAAGUGAUUCCAGAUCAGAUUCAUCUAUUAGUUCCAGAUAUCACCAGAGGAGGUUUGGAACACAAGGUAGCGGAACAAACAGUCAGAAGGACCCCCAGAGUCCCAUGGGGUUUGAAAGUCUGCAGAGAGACCCCACCAAGGAGAGUACACUCAUCAGAGGCACAUCUGGUGAAUCAUUUUUACCCGCCAAUGACUCUGUCUCUGACUUAGCCCUUUCCUCAGACUGCCUUGAGGCUGAGGAGGAAAGGGACGAGCUGGGUUCUCUUGGAUUUGAUCGUAAAUACAGACACAUCUCUGAGCUGGUGGUCAAAAAGCUUCCAGGUUAUACUCUGUGA